CUGUAAUUGGGUUUAGAAUCUGAAAUGAUUUCCCUCUAAAAUACAAAAAUUCCUUGUACAAGGAUAUGGCUAGUGAUCUAAACUUUCUCAGGUUUGUGAAACACUGAUCGUUCUCUCAUCCCUCCGGAAUAACAGAUGGGUUGUCCUUGUACAAAAUAUGGUAUCCACCUGCACUUCAUUAGAGUACUGCAUAUUUUGUACAUGCCACACCACAAGAUCACCAUGAUGACAUAGCAGCUUCAGAGACCAGCGUGACUAGGGCUUUUUUUUUUUUCCCCCUCUUGUAACACAGAGGAUCUGGCAGGCUUUUACCUCCUGACACUGUUUACAGCAUAUAUUGGUUGAUACAGUCCCUUAUUGCAUCUGCUCUGGGAAUUAAGGAAAGCAGCUUCAAGGCAGUAAGGGACAAGACACAUCGCAAAGAUGACUUUAAACUCCCUACCCAUCUUUCUGUUAUUGAUUAGUGGCAUAUUUUGUCAUUAUGACUAUGGUCCUGCAGAUGACUAUGGUUAUGAUCCUUUUGGGCCAUCAGCGGCAGUCUGUGCCCCAGAAUGUAAUUGUCCUUUAAGCUACCCUACUGCCAUGUAUUGUGACAACCUUAAAUUGAAAACCAUUCCAAUUGUACCAAGUGGAAUAAAAUACCUUUAUCUUCGAAACAAUAUGAUUGAGGGCAUUGAAGAGAACACAUUUGAUAAUGUAACAGACCUACAGUGGCUGAUCCUAGAUCACAACCAUCUGGAAAAUUCAAAAAUUAAGGGAAGAGUCUUCUCUAAACUAAAGAAUCUGAAGAAACUUCACAUCAACUACAACAAUUUGACUGAAGCUGUUGGACCACUUCCCAAAACUCUGGAUGACCUGCAACUAAGUCAUAACAAGAUCACAAAAGUCAACCCUGGUGUGCUUGAGGGACUGGUGAAUCUGACUGUCAUUCACCUCCAGAACAACCAGCUGAAAGCAGAGUCUGUUUCUGGGGCUUUUAAAGGUCUGAAUUCACUUUUGUAUCUUGACUUAAGCUUCAAUCAACUUACAAAGCUACCAACAGGACUGCCUCACUCCUUACUCAUGCUGUAUUUUGAUAAUAACCAGAUCUCCAAUGUUCCUGAUGAGUACUUCCAAGGUUUUAAAGCCCUGCAAUAUUUACGCUUAUCCCACAAUAAAUUAACAGAUUCUGGAAUACCAGGCAAUGUCUUCAAUAUCACGUCACUGGUUGAGUUGGAUCUCUCCUUCAAUCAGCUGAAGAGCAUUCCAACUGUCAGUGAGAACCUCGAAAACUUCUACCUCCAAGUCAACAAAAUUAGCAAGUUCCCAUUGAGCAGCUUCUGUAAGGUUGUUGGGCCAAUGACCUAUUCCAAGAUCACACAUUUGCGCCUGGAUGGAAACAACCUCACUCGGGCUGACUUGCCACAGGAGAUGUACAACUGCCUUCGAGUGGCUGCUGAGAUUUCACUGGAGUGAGAUAUCUGGAAGCUUCCAGCUUCCUUCUAGAAGCAGUAACUACAGAAAUUACACCAUGAUAGCUCUUUAAAAUUAGGACAUUCCUUAAAAGAAAGUGUCAGUCUGCAUAUUAUCCAUUUUGUUUGAAAAUAUUUAGCAUGCACUUGGCAAACUUAAGGAAAUGUGCAUAUUGUUGCAAAAAGUUGUAUUUAGAAAGCAGAAGAAUGGCCAAAUGUGGUGCAAAAUAUGCCUUCAUCUCACUAGGUAAGUUGAUUAAAUGCAUUCAACUUCGUAGAAUUCUGUAUCCAUGCAUGCAAUAGAUGCCAGCUGGUACCAGACUUACAUGGAAGUCAGAUGGGUUUCAUCAGAGCGCUAAACAGUUUGAGCUAGCCUGUGUAUAUAUCAGAUUCCUCUCUAACCAAUCUAGGUAUCUUCAUUAUUCACGCCUUUUUCAUAUUGUUAUCAAUUAAAAAGGAAAAAAUUAUUUAACGAUUUAAGAGCAAACUAAGAUGUAUGAAACUAUGUUUUCAGAGCCCAUUACAUUAUUAAAUUAAUUAAAUAUUUGAAAGAUAACAGGGAAACAAUCAUUUUUCAGGUUAAAAAAUGUUUACUCUUCUUUUUGUCAUACUUUCAUUUAAACUUUCAUGGUAAGAUUUUUAUCCAUUGAUGGUAUAAUUAUUAUUUCAAGUCAUAUAUACAAGUAUUUUUAUUCAAUUACUUGCAUGCUACUUUUAACCAGAUUGUAGAAAAUAAAACGUAGCAAAUAGUAUUUUUAUGUCCAUAUCAUUGUCAACUAUGUUUCAGUCUUUUAUAAAUUGAAAAAAACUUCAGGUUAAGACAAGAUAAUCUAAGCUAUUCUAUUAUUAUUGAAAUUUAUUGUAUGGU